UCUUUAUUUUUCAUUAACAUUGUUUUAUUAACAAAUUUAUAAAAUAAAACGAUGUCAAAUAUUUUCAAAUGUUUAAAUAUAGCCAAAAAUAUAACUACUUUAUGUCAGUCUGUCGCGAUUAAAGCAGCGCAAUCAAAUACACAGUUGUUAAGUGCCGCAAGGCAUGUAUUACCAAGUGUAGUAACAGGCACGAAUUCAGUGCGCUCACUUCAUUCAACAAAUGUACGUUAUGACUUGAUGGAAUUUUUCGAUGAUCCCAAAAACUGGCCUGAGAAUGAGGUUAAAGUUGGACGUGCUUGGAAAUUAGAUGAAUUACGUAUUAAGUCCAACAAGGAAUUACAUCAACUUUGGUAUAUUUUGUUGAAGGAACGUAACAUGUUACUAACAAUGGAACAUGAAUGCAAUGACAAAAUGGAGUUAUUUCCAAGUCCAGAGCGUGUAGAUAAGGUGAAAAUUUCAAUGAAUAAUUUGGAAACGGUUGUUCGAGAGCGUAAUACAGCCUAUCAUUUAUUGGAAACUGGUGAGACAGGCGAAAGGCCAAAGAGAUUGGUAUCAAAUAUUAUAGGAAUGCGUUCAAUGUACAAGUCUAGCGAACAUGCUAUUCCUUCGCAUAUGAACAAGAAAUGGUUCAAAACGAGGUCAUUUAGCUAUGGCGGUCAUGCAGUACGUAAAUUCUUAUUGUUGUUCCGUGAGAAAUUGUACAAUGAGAAACGCAAAGCCAGAGUACGUUCUCGCAAUAAUGUUAUGAUGUUAUUACGUCGUUACCCGGAUCUGGACCUAAAUAUGUUGCGGAAUAAAUAUCCUGAUGCUGAUAUUGAUAAACUAAUUAGAGAUGAUAAAAUACGUGGACAUUUUGUUCCGAAGUUUUAAAAAAUAAACCAACGUAAAAAUUAAAAU